AUGACGUUCCUUCUCCUGUUCACCAUCAACUAUCGGCUGAAGAAGCUUAAUGAAAUUAUACAAAAAUGCGAGAGAAGAGUUCCCAAUUAUAUACAUAUUUACAAGAUUCUAGCUGACAGCGUUGACACAAUCAAAACACCACUUAUUUAUUUGCAUAUGAUGUCAUUGGCUUUUAAAAUACCGGAAUUGAUCGGUGCUACUUAUUGCCUUUUGGUGAAUAUUAAAAAUGGAGAAAACAUGUUCGUCGACGAUCAAUUAGUGAGGAGUCUCUACUUUAUUCAAGUAGUCGUGCUGCUGUUCUUACCUGCCAUCUACGCUGGCCUCUUGGCAGCAAAGGCUGACAAAUUGAAAAUAAGUUUAUAUGAAAAACUAAUAACAGAAAGAGAUGAGGAACACGCUCGUUUUUUAGACUGCUUUAUCAGCUACGUAUCGGCCCGACCGCUCAAGAUAAAAAUGAUGAAAGUGGUACCACUGGACUGGACUCUACCCAUCCUUGUAUUGGACCUAAUUAUCUCCUAUCAGAUAGUUAUCGUGCAGUUCACACAUAUCUUCUAA